AUGGACUGGAUAUACUGCGAUAGCCUCGAAGAUUAUGCGUCUGCAGCCUCGCAGCGCAAAGUUGAACUCGGUGGUCGUUUGACUUGGGUCGCUUUGGUCAAAAGGCCAGAGGAUGGUGAACACGAUCUGAUCUGGACGAUGCACCACUCUCUCUACGACGCGUGGAGUUUCAGCCUCAUGCUCGGGCAUUUGGAAAAUUUCUACAGCCCUAACGUCAACUACGAAGAUCCAUUGUCAUUCACAGACUUUAUCCGCCACAUGACACAUAGCGGAUCCGAGUCCUCAUUGCAGUUCUGGAGAAACCAACUCCAUGAAGCAGCAUGUCAGCACUUCCCCGCCGUUCCUUCAUCGUACGAUCCAAGCCCUGAUACCAUCAAGACGUAUUUGUUGAAUGACGUGAAGUGGGGCGAGAUUUCGUGGUCCAAGGACAUUCUCAUACGGGCAGCUCUGGCGCUGUUAAUGGCCUGCCAUACUGAGCAAGAAGAUGUGGUAUUUGGUGUGGUAAGCGCAGGCCGCAAGGCUCCCGUGCAAGGUAUCGAGCGCAUGGUGUUUCCAACUCUUGCAACGAUGCCUCUACGUAUUCGAAUAGACCGCCACAUCACGCUGGGGGCGUUUCUGCAACAGCUUCGCGAUCAAAGACGUAGCAUGUACGCUCACGAACACACUGGCUCACAGCAUAUUCGACGGCUUGGUAGCGGAGAGGCACACUGCUGCUUGUUCCAAACCUUGCUCGUUGUGCAGGCGGGUCAGGAAAGCGAUGCGGAAAGCUCUUUGUUAACGCCAGCAGAUGGGCCAAACCGACGCGCUGAUCGAUUGCUAGAUUUUGCCAGUUCGGCAUUGACGUUUGAAUGUGAACCAAACGCCACAGGUCUGGUCGUCCAUGCAAGCUUUGAUGCUGGGGUUGUCGCUCCUAAGGCUGCGGAACGACUAUGCCGUCAGCUAGGUCAUAUCUUGCAAGCUCUAUGCGAGCUGGGGCGAAAUGCAUCAGAAGUUCUAUUAGCAGAUAUUACAAUGCUCGGUCGACACGAUUUGGCAAAUAUCUGGCACUGGAACCCUCCACCACCAUUGCUCGAAGAUAGACUACUACACGAGGUGGUUCUCGGAACGGUGGCAGCAUCGCCUAACACCCCAGCGGUCCACGCUUGGGAUGGUGUGUUCACGUAUCAUGAACUAGACGAACUCUCGAAUCAAAUCGCAGACAUUCUGAUAACGGCUGGCAUUGGCCAUGGAUCAGUGGUUACGAUCUGCUCACAGAAGUCCAAGUGGAUCCCCAUAGCGAUCCUUGGUGUGCUCAGGAGCGGUGCUUGCUUUGCCACAAUCGAGUUUUCUGCCCCAGCAAGACGUGCAGCAAGCAUAUUGAGCAAGACUGGCGCUACCUUUCUGCUCACAGCGUCUCCGGACUCGCUUCCAGAGCUUCCAGAUGACAUAGUCUGUUACGACCUUCGCAAUUUGCCAAUUUCGGGACCUCCACCAACUCAUGGCCGCUCUACGAACAUCUCGCCGUCCGAUCCCGCCUACAUUUGUUUCACCUCCGGAAGCACAGGAGAGCCCAAAGGCAUCGUGGUUCAACACGGGGCUGCAUCCACAAACUUGAGUGCAAACGCGGACGUCUACAACAUUUCCCCCACGACUCGAACACUCAGCUACUCCUCCCUAGCGUUCGACGCGUCCAUGUUCGAGGUAUUCUGUACCCUCUUCCGAGGCGGGUGCCUCUGUAUUCCCUCCGAAGAGGAGAACAUGAUCGAUAGGCUUCCUGAAUUCAUCAGCCAAGGUGGCGUCAACACCGCCUUCCUCACACCUGCAGUACUGAGGCAGUACUGCCCUGCCGACUUACCUACGAUGGAAACCUUGAUAUGUGGCGGAGAAGCAGUAGGUGAGGAUCUGGCGAGGAUGUGGGCGGGGAAGGUUAAUUUCUUUUCCGGAUACGGCCCUACGGAGACCAUAGUGAUGAGUGUCGCGCACCGAGUAAAGCCAGAUGACAAAGGCCCGCCUGCUAUUGGGAGGGGAAUCGCAGCGAACACCUGGGUUGUAGACCCGAAUGAUCACAACGUGCUGCAGAUGGUAGGAGCCGUUGGAGAGCUGCUUAUUGAAGGAGGAACGCUCGCUAAGGGGUAUCUGGACGACCCGGAGCGCACUGCUGCCUCUUUCUUGGAGAAUCCGCACUGGCUGUUACAAGGCAACGCGGAUGGAAUGGGAGGACGCUGUGGGCGUGUUUACAAGACUGGGGACUUGGUUCGAUAUCGUGAAGAUGGCUCGCUCGACUUCUGUGGAAGAGCAGACACGCAAGUCAAGAUCAGGGGUCAGAGAGUGGAGUUGGCUGAGAUCGAGGUGUUGGCUCGACACAGUAUCCCAACAGAUCUGAUCAAGGCAAUCGCUGUUGAGUAUACUCCGGUCAAGGAUGGCAGUAGCAACAUUUUGUUGGCUUUCGUAGUACCGGCAGACGAGGCCCUUGUCAACGAAGAUGUGGCACGGAAAGCUGUAGAGCAUGCGUACCGUGGACUUACGCAGCGAUUAUCAUCAUACAUGAUUCCGACACACCUCAUGCUGAUCAAAAACAUACCGACAACAGUGUCUGGAAAGGUUGACCGCAAGAAGUUACAGAAGUUGGCCAAGUCGACUGCGCUGGCAGAUAUGCAUGCUAUGUCUUCUGCGACGUCWUCAACCGCCGGCGGGGACAAUAGGAAGCCAUCGACUGUCAUGGAAUUGAAGAUGCAGGAGCUGUGGGCAUCCGUCGUCGGUAGAGAGCCCGAAGGGAUUACAACCGAGCACACGUUCCUCGAGCUAGGAGGUGAUUCGAUAUUGGCGAUGCGGUUAGUAGGUCUCGCACGGCAGCAUGGCAUCCAGCUUCGAACUUCAGAUAUUCUACAGCAACAGAACCUGGCUGAGAUUGCCCGAAAUGCUGUCCGUAUGGAUUCCACCGGAAGUGGUGUGAGAGAGAUUUCUCCCUUCAGCCUCUUAGAACAGGUCUCCAAUGGCCAUGCUGUUCUUAAGGGCGAGCUCGCAGAACUUUGCUCUGUGCAGCCGUCUUCUAUCCUCGACGCAUAUCCAUGUACUCCCUUCCAAGAACGAGUAAUGACUCUUGGUGCAUCAAUAAGAGACUCGCUUGUUGCUCACUUCAUCCACCGCCUGGAUCCCGCGGUCGAUCUUGAGGCCCUGCGUUGGGCUAUCGAUGCGGAGUCAAGCGCAAAUCCUCUACUGCGAACGCGGAUUGUCCAGAGUGGCGAAGUGGACAGUUUGCAGGUCGUUGUCGAUACUUUUACACCUUGUCUGCGMUUCCCGACCUCAGAUGCAUUCGCAGAAAGUGUGCCUUUGAGACAUGUGGAGUUUGGGACGCCAUUGACGUCCAUAUCUGUCAUUGACUCCGAUCCAUCAGGAAUUGCAUACAUGGCGCUCAUAGCUCAUCAUGCAGUCUUCGAUGGAUGGUCCAUCUCCCUUCUCCUCGAUAGGAUAUGCACGGCCUACCGUCUCCAGAAGAGCUCAUCUCCUCCUUCACCACCUCAAUUCCAGAAGUAUAUCCGCUAUCUCAUGGAAAUCGACAAAGAUACAGACAAGCACUUCUGGGAAGCGCAAUUGAAAGGCUGCUCUGGAAGAUGCUUCCCCACCGUACCAGAGACCGUGAAAGUUCUCGAUGUGAGCUCUGUGGUCAUUCACAAGAUAGACAACAUCACCUGGCCAUCUCAAAACACGCCCGCAGCAAACGUACGCGCCACACUAGCGAUACUGUACGCUGCAUUCAGCGACACAUCCGAAGCACUCUUCUGCGAAGCCUUCACGGGAAGAUCCACACCUGUAGCAGGUGUGGAGUCCAUGRCAGGUCCAACUCUCGGAACAGUUCCCAUGCGCAUCAUCCUCGAUCCUCAGGAAACGAUACAAUCACUCGUCGACCGAAUGGCUCGUCAGGCGAUGGAAGUAAGUCUGCAUGCGCAUUGUAGUCGUGCACAGAUCCGUGAGUUCAACGAGGAUACGAAUCGAGGAUGUGAUUUUACUAGCUUUGUUAUCAUUCAACCUGGUAAAUCUACGGAGUGUGAUGCGGGAGAGGUUGAGCGUGUUAUUAAGGAGAGGGUUGUGCUUGAUGGGAUCGGUGGGAGACAGCCUUUGCAUUUGAACCCCUUUCUUUUAGAGAUUGAUUUGCUGCCGGGGGGUUUGAAACUUACGUUGAGGUCGGACGAGAGGGUCCUCUCAGGUAGUAGGUGUGAAGAGUKUGGGCGCCAGUUUGAGCGGGUUCUGCGACUGAUUGUUGAGCCUGGUAAUAGGUCGGUUAGACAGCGAGAUCUUGAUACGAGUUGGCUUCAUGGAUGA